UGGUUGAAGGUUUUCAGAAAGAAAAACCACCCUCUGUUCUUUAAAUCAUGGGAAAAGUUAGCUCUAUCUGACAUCUACCUGACCCGAAGUUUCCCCCUCAAUCCCUUUCCUGGUUGAAGGUUUACAGAAAAAAAAACACACCCUCUGUUCUUUAAAUCAUGGGAAAAGUUAAUCACCCCAAAACAUCCAAGAGGGUAGAGUGACAAAGACCCAAGGGCUUCCAGCAGGGGAACAACAAUAUCACUCAUUGUCCCUAAUCCUGGUUAAAUUGGGUUGUCAUUGAAACCACAACGUGACGGGGACUCUUGAAGAUGCAUCACAAAGCUCUUCCCUAGGGACACCCAGCCAGAAGCAGGGAACUCAAAUAAAACAUAAUUAGGAGGCCAGGGACUCUUUACAGGCAUCUAAAUGCCAAGGCAAUUAGGGGAUAAUAGGACUGAAAAUGUAAACAGUAACAAGGAACAGAAGCCUACCAUUGGCUCAACAUCCACCCAGGAUGGGAUAUAAAAGCCCCACGGGGCGAAGAGGCCUCUAAACUACAGAAACUUCAGGUCUCCAUCCAAACCAAAAAGGACGUCCAACAGCACCAUGGCUUACAACUCCUGCUGCCGGGCCUGCUGCAGUGUCCCCACGGGGCCGGCCACCACCAUCUGCUCUUCCGACAAGUGCUGCCGCUGCGGGGUCUGCCUGCCCAGCACUUGCCCUCACACUACUUGGCUCCUGGAGCCCACCUGCUACGACACCACGCCACCCCCUUGCCACGUCCCUCAGCCCUGUGUGCCCACCUGCUUCCUCCUCAAUAACUGCCUGCCCACCCCGGGCGUGGAGAGCAUCCCGCUGACCACGUGGGUCCAGCCUUGCCCCAGCGAACCCUGCCAGCCGAGCUGCUUCUGAUCGGCGCCCAUUUUCUCCAACGAUGCCUGAUUUCCACCUCCCAGCUUCCGAUCCGGGAUCGACCUGCCUUGGGAUGACUCUGUACCUUUCCGGAUGUCUGGUGUUCCAGGAACAGGAAACUGAGAGGCUCUCGUAUGAUUAUCUGGCUAAAACUCAUGAAAAGGAAUCCAGCAUUGCAAGCAUGAAGGCUUGCUAAAACCUUUACAGUAUUGAAACUCUUAAGUUUGAGGAAUCAAUGUCCUCUGUCAGGAUGUUUUGGGGGCUGCCUGUCCACCCUCCAUUGUCCUCCCUCCAUUGUCCUCCCACAGACUGAUAAUAUUCGCUGUGGAUUUCCUAAUAAAUUUUACU